AUGGAUGUACAUAAAAGGCCCACCGUUUCCGCCUCCAGCAGAAACUCCACCGACGAAAAGUGGGCGGCAGAAGAACACUACAAGUACGCCAACAACGAGGCCUUCGGCGAAGAAAACGAUGGUUUGCUUCCGAUCGCCGUGCCGCCGUCCGGCCAGCUGCCGCCGUUGCACGUGGCGGGGCUGCCGAAACUACCGAGGAAGGAUCUAUUGAACUUCGUCAUUCUUAUCGUGUUGUAUACGCUCCAAGGAGUGCCGGUCGGGCUAGCCUUCGGGUCCGUGCCGUUUAUUCUCAAGUCGAAGGUUUCGUACCUGCAAGUGGGUGUGUUCCUGUUGGCGCUGUAUCCGUAUUCGCUCAAGCUCUUGUGGUCCCCUGUAGUAGAUGCAAUAUAUAGUAGGCGCUUGGGCCGGCGCAAGUCGUGGAUUCUUCCGGUGCAGCUUGUUUCGGGCGCGACACUUAUAUAUCUCGGGUUUGUCAUUGACAAGUUCAUGGACGACCCGGCGCAGUACCUAGGCACCAUCACCCUUUGCUUCUUCACGUUGAUCUUUCUCUGUGCGACGCAGGAUAUCGCCGUCGAUGGCUGGGCCUUGACGUGCCUUUCUCCGGAGAGUUUGUCGUUUGCGUCGACCGCGCAGACCAUCGGCAUGAACUGCGGCUACUUUCUGAGCUUCACGGUGUUUCUCGCCUUGAGCUCGCCCGACUUCGCGAACAAGUACCUCCGCGCGAUUCCUAAACCCGAGGGCUUGUUUGAUUUGGGCGCCUACUUGACGUUUUGGGGCUGGAUGUACAUCACGGUGACGGGGGUGAUGUUGUUCAUUCCCGAAGAACCCGCCCACUUGCGCAAACGCAACUUCGACAUGUAUUCGGACUCCGUCUACAAAAACGAAGGCUCGCACAACAGACCUACGUCCCAGUACGCGCGGUACUGGAAGGAGCUCAAGUCCGUGUAUGCGUCGAUGAUCGAGGUGCUAAAACUUCCCAACAUCCACACCUUGGUGGUCAUUCUUCUACUUGCCAAAUUGGGAUUCCAGGUGAACGAGGCCGCCACAAACUUGAAGCUUUUGGAGAAAGGGCUCUCGAAAGAAGACCUCUCAAUCACCGUUCUCAUUGACUUUCCUUUCGAGAUGAUCUUCGGCUUCUAUGCUGGCCGAUGGUCAUCGGGCAAGACACCGCUCCGCCCCUGGCUUCUUGGCUUUGCUGGGAGAUUAUUGGCGGCUUUCAUUGCCCAUUUGAUUUUGCUUUUCUUUCCGAAAGUCGAAAAUGGCCAGAUCCCAUACAAACUAUUCUUACUCAUCAUUGCCCAGCAUUUGUUCAACUCAUUUAUGAGCACCAUUCAAUUCGUUUCUUUGUGUGCGUUCCACACCAAGAUUGCCGAUCCAUCUAUUGGCGGUACAUACAUGACCACCCUCAACACAUUAUCCAAUUAUGGAGGAACCUGGCCGCGGCUUAUCAUCUUUUAUUUGAUAGACAGAUUCACAAUUGCACAGUGCCAGAUGGUGACAUCUUCAGCCGAGUAUCUGAUUCAUUCCGAGGCUCAAAAGCAUGAAUGUUUGUCCAACGGCGGCAAAGUGAUCCUUGUUCAGGACGGCUACUAUUACACCAGCGCUAUUUGCAUAUUUUUGGGCAUAGUCAUCUGGUUCUGGGUUAAAAGAAAAAUUGUGCAUCUUCAGGCCAUUCCACAAUCUGCUUGGAGGGUGAAAUGA